UAGGGAUGAGUAUAUACCUGGGUAAGGCCACGAGGACUUGGUGAUACUGAGGUCAGUCGGGGUCCUGCAACACGUCGGGACGCUUGCACUGCUCGAUCUUACCGCCCUUUUUGGUUUUUCAAAACAACAUUUGAGAUUGAGAUUUUAUUAGUCGUGAUUAAGAUUGUGAAUUGGGAGAAUUUAUAUUUUUGAGUGCAUUUUUUUGGAUUUAUCGGAGAUACGUGGAAGGAUACUUGUCAUCACAUUGUGAUUUGAGAUAUUUUCGGACUCUCAGUGAAGUGAUUUAGAAUUUUUGUAUCGGUGUUCAGAUUUUUUUUUUUUGCGGAAUAAGUGAGUUUCCAAAUGCGCGAACUGAAGGACUAGGAGAGACUUGACGAGAUAUCAUGUGUGAAACAGUACCAAGAACUUGGCUGAUGAAACCAGAAAUCUGCAGUAGUGUUCCGGCUGGUGCACUCUCACCUCCAGCGACAUUGUCACCACCGAGUAGUCCAUGCGUGAUGGUGGCAUCGCCCUGGAGUCCAGGUGGACCAACUGGUGGUAGCAGCAGUUCAAGCAGUGGCAUAUCAAACCGCUCAUCUAUCCCAGGACUAGCACCUGAUCAGCGUCUCAGUGCCUUUAGCUUUGUAUCCGGUUACUCAAGUGAUCUUAGAAUGCAGAAGCUAGCACAUGCACCCGCAUCAGUUUCACAUGUGUCUGACAUGCGAUCUGGUUUGUUAUACGGUGGUUACAACUCAGCAUGGUGGGCACAUCAUGCGGUCGGUCUUCUUCUACCGCAUUCCCUUAUGCCACCGCGAAUUCCACCACAAACAACACCAGUUGCUGAACACUCGCCAAUACAUCAGGAGCCACUUAGUCCAGCGCGUGCAACAUCACCCCGUAGAUCUACCCCAGAGCGAGCCCAGUUUUCAGUGGAAGGGGCAGCUCGAUUUUCCGAAGAAGAAGUACCCCUUAAUUUAAGUACCAAGCCGAGUGAUGUAUCGUCAUCGAUAAAUCGAAAGAGUGAAAUCUGGUCACCGGGUUCUGUGUGCGAGCGUGAAGCACGCGAAACCUCAGCGCAAAAUUCACCAUCAACAGCAACGCCGGUAAUCACAAGACAGAUUCACCACUCACCCCUCACGCCACCCUCCUCUAACGAGCGUACCUUCCAGUGCAAGCAGUGCGGCAAAGCAUUCAAACGAUCAAGCACACUCAGCACUCAUUUACUGAUUCAUUCUGAUACGCGACCCUAUCCCUGCCAGUACUGCGGGAAGAGGUUCCAUCAGAAGUCUGAUAUGAAGAAGCAUACGUACAUUCAUACCGGUGAAAAGCCCCACAAAUGUGUAGUCUGUGGUAAAGCAUUCUCUCAAAGUAGCAACCUCAUCACUCACAUGCGAAAACAUACCGGUUACAAGCCCUUCCAGUGUGGCCUGUGCGACAAAGCAUUCCAGCGUAAAGUCGACCUCCGAAGGCACCGAGAGGGCCAACAUCCAGCAGCACCAGCCCUGGACUACCGCUCGCUCCAAGUACCAAAUUCCCAUCAGCACACACGAUCGCCAAUCUCACCGUCCUACCACAUGAUACCAAUACCGGGGAGCAGCUGAGACCAAAAACAAUUUAUUCGGUUUUUUAAAUAAAAAAAAAAAUGAAAAUUAAAUGUUCUAUCGGCUGGACCAAUGAAUUUCUCCGUGUAGAAAUUAUUUUUUAACGAAAUUUUAAUCUCUUAGGUUUAUCUCUUCCGUCGAGAGAUGGUAAAAAUUAUUUCUCAAAUAUCGAACCGUCCAAAAAUGUUAAUGAUAAUUUGUAAAUAGUCAUUAAUUCGUGAGGGGGGGCUGGAUUAAACGAUAGGAAAAAUCUACGUACGAGUGAGUGAAUUAUAGAGUGCCUUUGGUCAGUGCAUAUACCUGAGACGUAUUUAUUUCAAUACUUUAGCGUAACUCGUACUAUUUAUAAACAUCUGACUAUUCUUUCUCUUUGUUUACAGUUAUCAUUCACAUACGUGUCAUAGUCCAUUGAAACCAAAGCCGCCCUUUCUGAUUUUCGCUUUUAAUUAGUGUCUUCGGGGGAGGAAUGUGAAAAAUUAUUUUUUUCUUCAAAUUGUAUAAAAAAAAUUGAGUACUUAUUAUUCCUUUGAGCGCUUGGGCAUUGUAAAAGGAUUUCAUAGCGGCUAGAGGACCAAAGAUAUAUAGAACUUAAGGCUGGUAUCGACGGGGCGAAACCAGCGACUUCGGUGCAGUUGAGUAACUUUUUAGGCACGAUUAGCAUGCCUGAAAAAUUCCUUUCUCCCACAUUAUGAAUAAAAAUAAAAAAUUCUGGUCUGGACUUGUGACGAAAUGUACUAUUUUCUCGUGAUCAAUGUUUUCAGGGAGAUAUUUUUAUUGAAAAUAUUUUUCACGGAGAGAAGCUUGAAGUUCCGGGUAUUCGCCAACCGUCGUUUAUUAUUUUUUUGUAAAAAUAGUUAGUGUGAUUGGACAAUUACUAUUUUAAGUUAAUGUUAAUGAAUGGAAUUCGAUCAAGAUAAACUUAUUUAGCAUAAAAAUGCAAUUAAAUUUUGAAAAUGUUGAUAUACUUUUAAUAGGUAGGAAUUAAUUCUAAGUAUUGGUGUAGUUAUGAAAUGAAUGGAUGAUUAUUUUCGGGUAUUUAAGGAUUAAAAUUGACUGCGUGAUUGGGUGCAUGAAAAUAAUGAUUUUGUGUUAAAUCGGUAAAAACCAAAAAAUGUGUUUAUUGAUAAUUGAAAAUCCUAUUGAAUAAAUAAAUUGUUUUCUUAUAAAAAAAUGACUGGUU